GAAAGAUGCAUUUCAAUGUGUUCCUUUCCAGGUUCCCAGAGUGAGCAACAUUUUUCCCCCAUCGGAAAUCAUUCUCCAGUUGUAUGUAAAAUUCCCAAGCCACAGUUUCCCGGUCAACAAAAGGGUGCAACUUGAGAAGCCAAAGCAUCUACUUUUCAUCCAGACAGACAAACCAAUCUACAGAGCGGGUCAACAAGUUCAGUUUCGCAUCGUCUCUAUGGAUAAAGAUUUACGCCCCCUGAAGAAGAAGGAUCCCCGAAAAAACCGGGUGUUCCAGUGGAGAGAUGUGGAGUUACCGUUGGGCAUAAUCCAGCUUUCCUAUUCUCUGUCUUCCGAUCCUCUCUUGGGCACCUUCAAAGUGGUGGUAGAGGAAGACUCCACGAAAGUUGCAGAAUACGACUUUGAUGUGGACGAAUAUGUUGUGCCCAAAUUUGAGGUUUGGAUAAAUGCCCCGAAGCUCAUCACGGUAACGACUGAGGAAAUAACAAUCAGAGUGUGUGGCAGGUUUUUUGACAGAAACACGGAAGUGGUUUGA